UGCCAUGCACGUCUUCUCGUCGCUCCUGCCGUCGUCCGAGCAGGCGACGAUCGCCGCCGACGAAGUCUUCCUCCGUGGACAGCUCCAUAGCUUCCUCGGGCUUCUCCAAGCGAAGGACCAUGGCGCUAUCGCGUUCCACCACUUUCGGACGCUUCAGACGUUCUUCAAGCGCAAGUACACCUUGGAAGAUCCCUCCGUGACGAUCGACCUCAUCCACGCGCUUGUCGACUACGUCUUUAUGACCAGCCCGCGCAUCGAGUUGCAGGUCAAGGCGCUCGACGCGGCCGUGCUGCUCAUCAAGAAGGCGCGCAAGCAAUCGCUCGCGCUCGAUGGGCCGUCCAAUUUGCAGCUGCAGUGGGCGACCGCGCUGCAGGUGUGGGACACGACGUUCUACGCGACGCCGGGGCCGGUCCUGCCCGUGUCCAGCACGACCCAAGGCGCGUACAAGACGGCGCUCAUCAAGUACCUCUCCAAGGCGAGGAAGAGCUACCCGAGCGAUGCGACCCUCUGGACGUUCGUCGCGCCACGUCUGGUCGAGACAGAGACCGAAGGCAGUCUCAAGGCCGCGGCCACGCUCUCGUUGCUCUGGAGUCCGUCCAUGGAGGCCACGCCGCUCCUGUCGCAAUGGGUCGCGGUCUGGGCGCGCAUCAACACGCUGCAGGAGUGGGACCUGCACUGGCUGCGCCUCUUCUCACGCGUGGCCAAGCAUGAGCACGCGCGCGGGACGCUCGACGCAGCGGCAUGGGCCCCGCAUUUGCCCUUCCUCUUUGCCAAGAUCCAGCACUGUCUCUCGCUGCCGUCCGACAUGGGGCCGUCCCCCGCGCGCAACAAGUGGCCCAAGACCCUAUCGGGGCUCCACGGCGAGAAGCAUGCGCUCUACUACGCGUCCAAGCUCGUCGUGUACCUUCUCUCGUCCGCAUCAGAGGCGCAGAGCAUGCUCCUCCAGCUGCUCCACCUCCUCGAGCCUUUCUUCCAUCCGUCGAGCGCCAACAACGCUGCCAACGGCAUCUCGGACCUUAUGUACUACACGAGCGCGUUCCUCUGCCUCCGGUCCGGCCACGACCGCGCCGAGGGCCGUCCGACGGUCGAGGCGUCGCCGCUCGUGGUCGCGCUCAUCGACCUCGCAUUUCUCGGGAUCUACGCCAAGAGCCAGUCCGUCUCGUCCAAGUCGAGCUUCACGCUGCGCAACAUUCUGUGUCUCUCGCGGACGCACGCACCCCGCAUUGUCGAGACGCUGCUUCGCGGGUUGGACCCGUCGGCCGUGAGCCAGACGCACCAAGCACCGAGCGCGAUCUCGGCGCUGACGAUCUGCGGUCCCGCACUGCUCCGUGGCGAUCUCCAAUGGGCACCCAACGUGCUGCCGUCGAUUCUGCACUUGACGCUGCCCGGCAUCGACCCGAACGACGACACCAAGACGAGCCGGACGCUGCAGCUCUAUGCGACGUGGCUCAUGUACCUUCCGCUGGCCAACGACACGAGUCGGCCGCUGACGCCGCGGUCGCCGCUUUCGAUCGAGUGGCUGAGUGCACUCGACCAGCGGCUGUUUGCGUCGGUGACGCUGUCGUCGGACGUCGACACUGCGCUGUGGGCGACGGGGGAUGCCCUCGAAGCGUGGGUGCUCCAGCUUCUCGACCGGCUCUUUGUGCUCUUCAAGCAGCAGGAAAAGCCCGACGUGGCCAAAGACUCGAACGAAGACAAGUUCCAGAUCGGCGCGCACCUGCAGCACGUUGCGACGCUUCUCUUUGCCCAGCUCUCGCCGUCGAUGUACACGCUGGCGCUGCGCCGCGUUGCCGACUUUGUCGCCGCCACGUACAUCCCGACGGCCGGCAAGCUCGUCGCGGGCUUCCUCGCGGCCGUGGUGGCGCCCCACCCGAACCAGUCGUUGCCGCAGCUUUUGGUGCCGGCCAUGGACCGCGUGCUCGGUGGCGCGUUGACGGAAAGCGAGCUCGCGUGGCAGCUGCGACUCGUCGACGGCUGCGUCAAGAGCACUGUGGGCACGGCGCUUUUGCCGUUCCAUAGCAAGCUCAAGGCGGUCGUGUCGGCGUCCGGUGUCCACGAGAGCCCCAAGAUCGUCAAGCUCGGCUGCAAGAUCUUGCGCCACGUGCUCGCACGCCUCACCAGUGUGUACCAGCCCGACUAUGGCCGCGCGCUGCCCCCGAUGGCCUCUGCGAUCGCCGAGACCAGCUCUACGAGCCAGUUUCUCGGUGUGAGCUUGUCCUGGGGUGCGCUCGAACCCGUGUGGCAUGAACCCAGCACGGACGAGCUCGGUAUGGCGGCCGACUGGCUUGCGACCUUUGCGCUCGUCGAGUCGACGCUCACGGCAACAUCGGCGUCGAGCACCUGGCGCACGCGCCUGCGUCACAUUCUGCACGCGGUUCGCGGUGCCAAGCCGCUGCUGUUGGACCCGGUGGCGUCGACAAAUUUGCCGAUCGAUGCGCUUCCGAGCGUCUUGCAGACCCAAAAGCGACUGGAAGCUGUGCUCUCGGCGCACCCGGACGUGCUGACAUCGCUCUUGACGCUGCGCGCGCGCGUCGCUGCGGUCAUGCGCGACGUGGUCGGCGUGUGGUACGACUCGACCGACCUCGUCGCGUCCAAGUGUCUUCGCUACGCACUGCGCGUCAUGACGUUGAUUUUGCACCCGCGUGACGCGGCGCACGUGGCCAACGUGCGCAUGUACUCCAAGUGGCGCAAGCUCUCGAGCGGCGACACGGCGUCCAAGGCGAUGACGCAGCGCGUGCUCACGAGCGCGUCAUCGAUUCCGCUCUUGCCGCGUCGAUUGAUGCAAGAACGGCUGAGUAUUUUGCUCGCCGAGCACUACGACGACCGCAGCUUUGCGUACACGCGCUUUGUGCGGACGCACCCAACGCUUGUCGGCGACCCGACAGUCGCAUCCGGUUUGCUCGAUGCCGUCGCGCACCUCGCCGUGCACCCGCUGGCGAAGACGCGCAAGGCCGCGCAGAGUGCGCUCGAUAAGGUCGCUUCGCGCUAUUCGCAAUGGCACGCGGCGCAGCUCCCGCUGUGGGCGUCGACGCUCACGGACGAGGCGACGUCGCAUCACGUGAUCACGGGCGUGCUGCAUCUGCUGCAGCUCCAACGGUCGCUGCACGUCAUCUGGAAGGACUGGACGCUCGCGGAAUCCCUCCUGGGCACGCUCUGCCGCGCGGCCGACGUCAAGCAGCGCACGGCCGAAGACGAAAUGAAGACAAGUGCACGCGUCCUCAAGACAUUUCUGCAGCUGCUCGCGAGUGUCCGUGACGCCGACGGUAUUCCGCCGGUCGCAUCGCUUAUGGCGCUCGAGGCCGACAUGCAAGGCCACUGGCGGUUCCAGCUCAUGCAUUUGGCGAGCAUUCUUCCGUGGCUGCGCGCCGACCGACCCGUCCCGACUGCGAUCUGGGGCCUCAUUCUGCGCCGCGUGGUCUCGGACGUGCCGCAGGUCGUGACGUUUGCGCGCCUUCUGCUCUCGCGCGCACUCAAGGUCCACCAAGCGAAUGGUACCGAGGCACUGCCGACGGACGUGCUUGAGACGCUCUUUGCGACGACAACACUCUCGGCGCUCACUCGCGACUUGGUGUUGGACCACAAGACGGCGCAGCGGUCGGCCGACGGACAAAGCGCGGACGCGUCGCCGGCGCGCUGGUCGCUCGGCGUCCACGAACUGGUCGCACUGGUCGAGAACGAAGCGGCGCCGCAUCCACUGCGGGCGUUUGGGCCGCAAGCCACUGAGCACAUUUCGCCGCUCCACGUGCUAUUUGUCACGCGCCUCGCAGUCGAAGCCUCGGGAACCAUCGAUGUGUUUGGUCGCUGGCAGCCGCUGCUCGCGAACCUCGCGGCGUGCGACACGGACGAGCGCCGCGCGUCGCUCUCGACGCUUGGUUCGAUCCUUGUCGGCCUCGCCCCGGAAAAUGCUGCGUCGCUCUUCCAAGCGGUGUUGCCCAAGCUCAGCGUCCCGUACGCGCACGACUGGUACGACGUCGUGCUGCUCUACUUGCGUCGUCGGCACGAUGUGGCGCUGCUCGAGUACAUUGUGAAUGAGACCGAGACAGCGCUGGCGGCCGCGGACGCUGUUGACGCCACGGGUCAAGUGCGCUGGCUUGUGCUCUCGCAGCCCGUCGCGAUCCACCUCGUGUACGAAGCGCCGAAUGCUGUCUUGUCGCAACGUCUCGUCGAUGUUGCGACCAAGGCGCUCGACCACCCGUACGCCUUUGUCCGCGAGCAAGUUGCAGCGCUGCUCUACAUCUUUACGAACGCCACCGACGUGACGCUGCCGUUUGCAGCGUGCCAGCGUGGGAUCGUCUAUGACACGCCGACGGGCGCCGUCCAUGACAAGGAGCUCUCGCUGCGCAAAACCGUGCUCUCGUGGCUUGCGGCGUUCGUCUCGCGAGGCGACUCGCCGCAGUUUGAGGUGCUUCUCCUGCUCUUUCCGAUUGCGUUCGACACGCAAGCGUUUCCGGACGCGGACGUGGCGCGGUCGGCGCGCAUCGUUGUCGAGGCCAUCGCGACCAAGCUCCGGCUCUUCUCGAGCACGCAAGUUAGCGAGCAGCUCAUCACGUGCUUGGCCUCGGCGCUGGCGUCGCCCCAGUGGCGCACGCGUGGCGCCGUCUUGCGCUUCCUCACCGUCUUCAACUUUCACCACGGUCUCUUGAGCAGCGCCAAGCCGCACAUUGAAGCGCUCCUCCUCUCGCGACUCGAAGACGACGUCCGCGACGUCCAAGAUAUGGCGCAGUUUUCGCUCCGCGGGUUUGUCCGGACGCUCUCCCAGGCACGCGUCGCCGAGCUUGCGACUGCGUUUCUUACUGAGACGUCGGCGGCGCGGCUCCAGCGGGCCAAGCGCGAGAAGCAGCUCAAGCGCCUCCGCCUCAUCCUCCGCGUGAAGAAGGAAGGCAUGGACUUGGAGGCCGCGGCGACGCAGCUGGCGGCGCUCGAGGCGACCAGCGUCAACGUUGGUCCGACCGUGCGCGGCUGCUUUGGCAUCGGCGCCAUCGUGCUCGCGUAUCCGUACUCGGUGCCAGUGUUUGUACCGGCGAUCUUGGAAGAGCUGGCGCUGCAUGUCCACGAGGCGGCGGUCACGGACGUGGUCAAGGCCGUCUUGCUCGAGUUCAAACGGACGCACCAGGACAGCUGGCACGAGGACAAGGCGGUGUUCACGCGGUCGCAGCUCGAAGCGAUCGAAGAGCUGUUGAUCUCGCCGCACUAUUAUACCUAGUUGAUUCUUCUCCUCUUUCUAUAAACCAACUCGACUAGUUGCAUGUUGUCGUAGUA